AUGGCUUCCUUUUUCCGCUUGUUCAGCCGGGGGCAUUUUCUUGGGAGAAAUGCCCUUGAAAGUGUUACGGCAGAAUCCCCUCUCAAAAAUGAAGCGAUGGCAUCAUGCGUACUAGCGAAAGCCACUCAGGCGUCUGUGGGUGCUGACCCCCGCGCUUCCGGGUCUUCUGGACUCCCUCAGCUCGUUAUGGCUCUGUUUGUUAUCUUUGGCUUUCUCCUGAUCUUUUUUAUGCCCGUAAAGGAUGUGCUGCGCCAAGUUGUGGAGUUUCAGAGGAGUAGUCCAACUACCUACGUGCUCACCUACAUCGUAGCUGGCCUAGGGAUUCCUGCUCCCCUGCUCUCAGUCUUGGCGGGCGUUUUGAUGGGCCCUUCCCUGCUCGCGGUGUUUGUCAUUAUCGCAGGAAGCCUGGGAUCCGCAUGCUUUGCAUUCUUGAUCUCCCGCUUUAUGCUACGGGAGUUGGUGGUUCAGCGGUUUGUGAUGCGCAACAAGAGGCUGCAAGCCAUUGAUGCCGCCUUAAGAAAGAACUCAUUGAAGUUGGUGAUGUGCACUCGAAUGGUUCUGCCCUUUACUUUUAACAACUAUUUCCUGGGCACUACGUCCAUUACACUGUCGAAUUUUGCACUCUCUACCUUCGUAACCGGAAUCCCGUUCGCCGUGGUGUACGCAAUCAUUGGGGGAGAGCUGCAGAGUCUAGAUGAUGCGCUGGCAGCCAAUUCAUUUGAAUUGAAAAGCACAGAAGUAAACGUUUUCGGGAUCUGCACAGUCUCCAAGAGGUACCUGGAGAUCACAGGGAUUUUCGGAGGCAUAUGCCUGUUUGUUUUUAUUGUAAGAACAGUGAAACAGUUCGCUGACAGAGUAAUUCGCGAGGCCCAGCAGCAGCUUGACGGUUAG